ACAAGGACGUAAUGGGGAGCGCGUUUCAGAUUCGUCACCAAUGAGGUGUUGUGUUUGCAGUUUGGAGUUCCAAAAUCCAUCCAAUUCUCUGAUUUUAUGUGGCAACUGCAAUACAAUUGUUCAUCAGGGAUGUUAUGGCGUACCGAAACUAACUGGUGUUAAUAACUGGUUUUGUAGGAAAUGCGAGUCGCAAGUUCGCAUGAGCAAAAUCCGUUGCGAUUUGUGCCCAAUUAAGGAUGGUGCAUUUAAACGCAGCAACGGCGUUCGAUGUGGUUGGGCCCAUAUCAUCUGUGCAAUAUACAUACCUGAAGUAUUUUUCACUGAUCUUAGCACCAUGGAGCUUAUAUCAGUUGAAAACGUGAUGCCUGAUAGGCUUGGCCGGUCGUGUAUAUUUUGCGAAAGAAAUCAACGAAGCUCUCUAGCGAACUACGGAGCUUGUAUCCAGUGUGCGUGGAAAAAUUGCCGUUUAUACUUUCAUGUUUCUUGUGCUAGUGCAGAAGGUUUACUUAGCGAGUUACCUGCAACGGAAGCGCAUACAUCUUUAUCAAUUGCCGAAAUAUUAUUCAAGACAACUGAUAAAAAUAAAACUCCGCUUAAUUUAUCAGAUGAUUCCACUGAAUUAUCUAAAGAAAUGAAUCAUAGUUGUGAACAACAAUCUUAUAGAUAUCAAUUAAAUGGUUUUUGUUGUUCGCAGCAUAAAAAGAAAUUCAUGUCUGAAGCUUCCAAUCUGAACUCAAUUCCUGCUAUUUCUCACGGCACUGAUGUUAACAAAGGAUGUAAGUCCCCUACGACUGAAUUGUCUUGUGAAAUGAAUAACCAACCUCCUAGACGCCGAUCUUCUCAGCUGCGUCUUUCUCAGCGACCAUAUACUUCAGAUCCAAACAGAACAGAUGAGAUUAUUAACACUCAAGGCGAUUUAAAAAAUGAUGGGAGGACUACGUCGGAAUGCAAAAGUGAAUUUAGUCAUCAAAGCUCAUCUACAGUACAGAAAGAUCAAAUUUAUAGUGAAACUCGCUCUCCUGGAUCUACAACAACCGACUGCCCAAAUGUUAAACGGAUCAAAAUAGAUGUAAACUUAAGUAAAGACAAAAUUGCUGAGGUUAUUGAUACAGAACGAGUUCUUACAUCUCCGUCAUCAUCAGCAACAACAAACAAUCAAUCGGCUGUGAAUAGUCUAAUUACAUCAUCCCAAAGUUCCGUUACUGAUUCCACUAUCCCUGUAACUUCUCAGGAAAAUUUACCCCUAAUACUACCGCGUCGACCUUUAUCAUUACGGGGUUUAGGCAUUUCUUGUAAUUCGAAGAAUAGUUCAGUUUUAAAUAAUAUAGCUGGAAUGUAUGUUGACUCGCCAUUGGCGCCUACAAAUAAAGUCUCAAUCUCAGCAAAAUCGGAUAAUUCAUUUCCACCUACAUUAGCUACAAUGCAUGAUUUGUUAGAAUGGCAAUGGGAUCAAGCUGGAGCUUUACUAAUGCAACAGGCAAAAAAUACAGAUGUUGUUACGUUACUGGAUUGUUUGCAUCAAUUAAAAUGUGAAAAUGAUAUUCUUGAAGCUAAAUUAAUUCGUCUUACAACAAGACAUGAGCAUUUGAAAUCUGUGAAUGCUCGUUUGUCUGAUUCACUUGCUACAAUGGAAUCUACAAUGGUAAUGAACUCUCCAAAACAUGAAAUUUCCGAACAAAAUUCUACUGGAGUCAAUAAUCUUACAAAAAAGUCAAAUCACCAUUUCGCCCAUCCUUUGGAUACUAAUACUGCCAUUACUUCUAAUAUAACGACCACUACACAGAGUUCACAUAUAUCUACAAUCUUACAUUCUAUUGAUCAGGAAUCUCAUCAACUUCAGUUAUCCGACAAUGUCACUAAAAAUUCUUCGAAUCAAUCUGUCACAUUGGUCAACAAUUACAAUGAUCCAUCUUUUGCAAAAUAUUCAACUAAUGGAAAUAGAAAAGUUCCAAUUCUACCGAAAGACUAUACUACAACUUGUUCCAAUUUAAAUUUAAAACAUGAUUCAACAAAUCUUAUGGAUAAUCUAGGAUCAUUUGAUAAAAUUCACUCAACCAAUUGUUUAAAUCAUACUCAACCAGUAUUUUGUACAUCAUUAGAUUAUUCGAAGUCCUCACAUGAAUCACAUUUAAGCUAUUCAAAUCUAAUAAAACAUCAACCGAAUACAUUUCUAAAUGAUUCUUUCACUCCACAUAAUAAUAAUAAUAAUAAUAAUAAUAAUAAUAAUAAUAAUAAUAAUAAUAAUAAUAAUCAAACUAGAUCAACCUUUGACUAUCUAUCCAGUUCAUGUUCUUCUUCUACGUUACCGUCAACAAAUCCUACAUAUUUUACUAAAAGUGUUGAUCAUAAUGAUUUGCAGGAACUAAGCGCUCGUUUAAGUUCAGCGAUAGCUGCUCGACAACCUCAGUCAUCAAAAAGUACUAGUUCAGCUAUGCCUUCAUGUCCUGUGUUGCCUAAGAAUUCUGGUCAAAGCAAAAAAAACAGCAAAGUUGUUACAUCUGCUCAAUCAUCAUCUUCAAGUAAAUUACCGAUACCUCCGUUAAAUUCUGGUUCAUUGGUCAAUUGCAUUUCGAAAUUAGACACAUUAACUAGUUGUCAUAAUUUCUGUCCUACGAAUUCGAAUAACGUGCAACCUACAACAGCAUCUAAUAAUUCAACUAAAUCAUCAUAUUCCAGUGAUCAAGCUUCUAUACAAUCACAAAGUAACCCUUUAUCUUUUAUGAUAUUGACAUCACCAACAAUUUCGGAAAUACAUAAUCAUAAUAUUCCAUCUUCAACAAAUCAAACAAUUAUUACAUCUAAUGAAAUUCUCUCUAAUGAAUUAAAUACAUUUGAGCCAUCAAUAAUCGUAGCAACUAAUUCAAAUUCAGUUAGUCUAUCCAAUGAUUGUAAAACAAGUUUAACUCAUUGAAUAAUAAUUCAGUACGGACAAGGUUUUUUUUUUGUUAUAUUGUUUUAUUCUUAUUUAUAGUUGAUGUUCAAUUUCCAAGUUUACUUUUUUUUUCUUCUUCUCCUUCGUUUUCUAAAUGGAUGUAUGUUGUUGUUUGUUUAUUUAUUUAAAUUUUACUAGAGUCAUGUACACUUUUUAGGAAUUUAAAAUCUGUACUAAUCUCAAAUAACUUAAAGCAUAUAUAUAUAUAUCAUCCUAGGAAUUUUCUAACUGUUUAGUAUCGUUUUCUCUUGUAUUAUUACUAAUUCUAUAAUUGAAAAUUUGUUAUUAAGAUAUAUUUAUUUAAGGAAAUUAUCUAUUGUCUUUUUUAAAGGAAAUGUUUGUUUUUGUUUUUAUAUUUAAAUACGCACCCCAAUAUAAGUGACUCAAUAAAUGUAUUUCCCCCCCCCCCCAAUAUGGCAGCCAUUCGAAGCAGAGAAAAACAAAAUUCAAACAGUUUCUGCUAAAGAAUAAAAAUAAACGAUGUUUUUCCUCCUUUUUUUGUUUUUGAUAUUCCCAAUUGUGGUUAUAUUACAUCACCUCGUUUGUUUUUUUGUUGUUUUUUUUUGAUGAAUAAUUUACAAUUAGGUUUCGUAGUUUUUUUCAUAUUAUUAGUUAGUAGUGUUAUUUUCAUUUUAAAUAAAGUUUCUUGUAUAAUGAAUAGGAUUUUUCAAAUAAUCAUUUGUAUUAUGUUGGUCAACUAUAAAGUUUUGUUAUAAUGUUGUAAUAUUUAAAUUGAAACGCUCUUUUGAAACGUUGGACACCAUUCUUUUUAAAAAUAGAAAUUCAUCAUUUAGUAAUUUAAAGUUAUUUAUUUAUAAAAUAUAAAAAAAUUAUUUAUCUUC